CGAAUGCUUGCUUUUCGAUCGGCCGGGAGAAAAGUCAAUAGAAUAGCGUCAUGAUCAGUCGUGUAUCGUUCGAGCUGUACCCGUGAAACUCAUGUCGAAGCGUUUGAGCAAGAGACAGCAGAGAGAACAGGAGGAGUUGGAGCUUCUCAAAGCCCAGGAGAGGAGUGUCAUCGCGGAGCAAGGCGGCGAGGAGGCUGCUGAGCAGGCUGAGAGUGGAGGAGAGGAGGUGGAGGUGGAAGAGCGGAUUGGCGGUGAGGAACCUGUCAACCUGUUCGCUGCGCUUGGCGAUGAGGAAGUAGCUGGCGAAGAGGACAGCGAGGAAGAUGAGCAGAAGGCCAACGUGGAAGAGGUAAAGCGUAGUACCAAGAAGAAGAACAAGAAGAAAAAGAAGAAGAAGACUGCUGAGCAUUCAUCAGACGUCGAGAGUCCGCCUCAAGCAGAGAGCAGCAUGCCUGCGGGAAAGAAGAAGAAGCAGAUGACUUAUGCAGAGGAUCAGCAAAUGGAUGAAGUGGAUCGAGCGUUGGCAGAACUGGGUAUCAGUCAUGCGGGCAACUCAGAAUCGACGGCGGCUUCCGGCGCUGGUCCCAGCGAUAUUAGAAAGAGCAUGGCCUUCAGAAAUCUUCUCUCGGUCGACCCUAAGAAUCUGGAUGCAGAUGCGGAACUGCGGAGAUUCUUCGGGUCAAAAGUGAUCGCAUCGGGCAAUACAUCAUCCAAGAAUCAUCGAGCUGGACCAUCCUCGAAAUUGAGGUAUACCAUAUCCAAGCCGAAACCAGGUUACCCGCCUGCCACAUCCCUCUCUGGACUUGUUAUGCGUGAGAUGAGGGAUACAGAGGUGGAGGACAUGUACAAGGGCAAAGGUGUGGAAUCGGAGGAUAAGAGCGAAAAAUGGUUCACAUUUGAGCAUUCUGGAGCAUGGAGAGAGAUUGUCAGGCAGUUCUUGGGCGCGGUCACUUCGCACGAUCCGAACACUCUCAUGGCGCUUUUACAAGUCUACCCUUGGCAUGUUGACACACUCUUACAAAUGAGCGAAGUGUACCGCUUGCAAUCAGACAUUGGCGCCGCCUCCGACUUUGCUGAAAGAGCGCUGUACGCAUUUGAUAGAUGUCUUUUUCCGUCUUUCAAUCCGUCUACUGGAUCAUGCCGGUUAGACUUUGACCGUGUGGAGAACAGGCCAUUGUUCUUGGGAUUGCAUCGAAUCAUAUCAUACCUUGGUCGCAGAGGCUGCUGGAUAACAGCUUUCAACUUUGCCAAGCUACUUUUCUCCUUAGAUCCCAUCGGCGACCCGCACGGUGCAUCAUUCUGGCUCGACUUUUUAGCCGUUAAAUCCGGCAAUGGGGAGUGGCUCAUCCAGAUGCUUGAACAGGCCUCGGUGUCAACAGCAGCUGCAGCGUUCCAUGGGUAUCCUGGAAUGGCCUAUGCUCAAGCUUUGGCCUUACGCGCCGAUGAGACGGCCAAGAAGCAUGGGGACCACUCUGAGAGUGAUGCUGCACUCCAAGAUGCCAUCAAGACAUUCCCUCAGGUCGUGAUUCCACUUGCAGACAAAAUUGGAGCUACUGUGCCUGACUCAUCGAGAUCCCACCCGUUGCUGCAGAUCCAAGCGAGCUAUACUCCCGAAAUCACCAACGUUGUUCACCUCCUGUCCCACAUCUAUGUCUCUCGCUCUGAAGCUCUGUGGAAAGAACCUUCCGUCCUGUCCUGGUUCCAAACCCAAGUUUCGAGUGCGCUACCUCAACUCGAUACGAAAGAAUCUGUAGAGGCUCGUGAUCGCGCAUUGGCCCAUUUGAGCGUCCCAAGGGAUCCAAAUGACCGAAUUCUCAAUGUCCCAAUGCACAUCUGUCGACACGUUUUAUGCUCCGAAUCGACAUCGUGGUUGGGUUUCCUCCCUCCUCAAAUCAAGAAUGCUCCGGUGCAUGCUUAUGAUCCACUACCUCCUUCAACCGCCAGUACACUGUACGAUCCAGCCUAUUUCAACGGUCUGAGGCCAAGUCGACAGGAGAGGGAAAACCAGUCAGAAAUGACGAGAUUGAUGGAACAGGUGACGAAUCUCACGGGGAGAGGUAUGGAGAUACCGCAAGAUAUACUUGAGCGAUUGGCCAGACGAUUUGCACCGCCUGGUGUGGAUGCUCAAGCAUUGCAAGGCGCUUUCAGACGAGCAGCGGCUGAGAUGGGCAGAGGGCAGGAGGGUGGAGGAACUGAGGAAGGUGAAAUGCCAGGUGCUUUUCCAGGCGCUUAGAGUCUAGAAUAUGGAAUGAUGACUGAAUCACUGCGGAUUUCACUCUCUCGAUCAUGACA